AUGAUUCUCUCAUCAACCCUCCUCCCCAUCUUCACCAUCCUCCUCUCCCUCCCAAACACCCUCGCCCACCCAACAACCGACGACCUCUCCCUUCAGCUCCACCCGCGCUCCAACCCCGGCGACUCCAAAUCCAACCCUAUCAGAGCCGAGAUCGAGAUCCGCGGCGAAGAUGCCCUCACCUACGACGUAGAUUGCUGGGCGAUGCUCUGCAAGGGCAAGUCCGCAGUGAUGCAAAAAGUCGACACCGACGCCGCGGACGUAAACCGCCAAUACGGGAUGAAAGCGUCUCCGGCCACCAAUGCCUGGGGAGAUCAUAAGGGGUGGGUAUCGGCGGAGGAGUUUCCGUUUGCGUCGACGAAGGAGGGGGGAAAGGACGCCAUCCUCGUAGGCGUGACCAUCAACUCGCAGGACGAACAAAAGCGUUCUCUACGGAGCUUCUACCAGAAGAAUAAGGUCAAGUCGUAUGAUGCUAAGAAUAACAUGUCGGAUGGGAGUUGGUUUGAGAUUACGGGGUUUAAGGUGAAGAGUGGGAAGAGUGCGAAGGUUGGGCCAUAUUGCCAGGCUUUCACCGAUAAGAAGACUGGGAAUGUGUGUAGUGCGAGUACCAAGGUUAUUGGGGACUGGGGGUUUGAUGUGGCUGAGUAUGCGUAUGUUUAUAACCAUUCGACGAAGAAGUUUGAUUAUGUGGGUAAGUGAGGCGCCAGGUUCAUGCUUCGCUUGAUUGGCUGGUGAUGGAGAUGGUUGUUUGGUGGUACUGGG